AUGAAAAUCUUUGUUACCGUACUCGCCUUGGUUGCGUUGGUACGUGCCCAGCAACAGACUCUGCAACAGCCGAUUGCGAUUGUGCGCCAGGCCCAGGAUAUUUCCCCGGAGGGCUCCUAUUCGUACAGCUACGAGACGGAGAACGGCAUCGCCGCGGCCGAAUUGGGCGAGCCAAGAGUCAUCAACGAGGAGGGAGCGGCCGCUAUCGCAGCUCAGGGUCAGUUCCAGUAUACGGCACCCGAUGGGACUCCUAUCGCCGUAAGCUACGUCGCUGACGAAAACGGCUUCCAGCCUCAGGGCGCUCACCUGCCGGUACCCCAGCCCAUCCCCGAGGCUAUACAAAGGGCGCUCGAUUAUAUCGCGACUCAUCCCCAGCCUCAGGAACAGAGUAGUCAGUAGCUCUAGUGAGCGGCUAAUUGGUUGGUUAUACUUCCAGAGGCCCAAUGAUGAAAUACUGCUCAACGCCAUUUUUUUUUUUUUUUUUUUCACACAAAGUGUUUUAAUCAAAGUGUUAAUUAUAUCGAUUAAUGUGUAUUGCUCUUUGUAAAUUUCGACUUACUGCUAUGUAGUAAUCCAGUGCAUAAAUAACUUCAAAGACCAGUUAUAGAUUAA